AUGAGCACCGCUCCUAUCGUUCUCGAUUAUGAGCGUGUUACACUACGUGAUCGCACAGACAAGUUCAAGCAUAACCUACCAUCCCAUGUACGACAUUACAUUUUCAGCUUCUUUCCCAUCUUUCAAUGGAUCACCCGAUACAACACAGCCUGGAUGACUCAGGAUGCAAUUGCAGGGAUGACAGUAGGAAUGAUGUUCGUUCCUCAAGGCAUUGCCUAUGCAAAGAUUGCCAACCUGGAUCCUCAGUAUGGUUUAUACGCCUCCUUUGCUGGAUCAUGUUUGUAUUGUGUAUUUGGUACAUCCAAGGACAUCAGCAUUGGUCCAAUCACUGUUGUUUCUUUGUUGGUGGGACGUGCAAUUACAAAUGUCACUACAGCGCAUCCGGAUAUCAGCGGGCCUGAAGUAGGUGCCUACCUGUGUGUGAUUACUGGCCUUAUUGCAAUUCUCCUUGGCAUGGUACGAUUGGGUAUCCUUGUUGAUUUCAUACCAGGACCUGCCAUUGCUGGCUAUAUGACUGGAUCAGCAAUCACGAUCAGCUUGGGACAAUGGGGCAAACUUGUGGGAAUGAAACUCAACACGCAUCAAGCACCUUAUCUUGUCGUUGGUGACUUCCUUUCAAAUCUAUCUGGAAUUGGCCUUGAUGUCGCAUUUGGUGUGCCGAGCCUCAUUGCGCUUGCUGUGGUGCUGAUUAUUGGCACAUUCAUCUCAUUCUUGGCCAACCUUAACAAGAGCGAAAGCCCAUUCAAGAUUCUCAAGGAUGUGCCUGCAGGCUUUGAUGCCAUUGGUGUACCUCGCAUGAACAUGAACAUCUUUGGCGAAAUCAUGGAUGUCUUACCAUCUAUCAUCAUCAUCAUGGUCCUUGAACAUGUCUCUGUUGCCAAAUCAUUCGGCCGCAUCAGUGAUUAUGUCAUUGAUCCCAAUCAAGAAAUCCUUGCCAUUGGUGUCACAAACCUUGUAGGUGCCUUCUUUGGUGCAUACCCUGGUACAGGUGCCUUUAGUCGCACCGCCAUCAUGUCCCGUUCAGGCGCCAAGACACCUCUCUCUAGUGCAUUUUCAGCCACAGUGAUCGUACUUGCCUUGUAUGUCUUGACGCCCGCCUUUUAUUACAUUCCAAGCGCUCUUUUGGCUGCUGUCGUCAUUCAUGCCGUCACCGAUCUUGUUUCGGGUCCAAAGUAUGUCAAGGAAUUACUCAACACAAGCAAGCUCGAAUUCCUUGUAUUCGCUUCUGCCGUCCUCAUUACAUUCUUUGACGGAGUUGAAAACGGCAUUUAUGUCGCAUUGGCAUUAUCACUCUUUAUCGUCAUGAUCAACCUCGCUCGUCCAAAAAUCGCUGUGCUUACACGAUCGCCUCUUGAAAGCACUUGCAAUAACGAUCCCAAGAUGAACUCGGUCACAACACCUGUCUUUGGCGGUUCACAACAUUACGUAUAUGUCGACGAGAAGGAUCCACAUUUUCAAAAGCAUACAGAACCUAUGCCACCUGGUAUUGUUGUAUUACGGCUAAGCAGCGCAUUGCUUUAUCCAAAUGCGGGACAUGUCAAUGAAACAAUUGUCAGCACAGCAAAGGCACGCACACGCAAAGCCAUGGUGUUAUCAGCUGAUGGCAACGAAGUGAGUGCUGAGCAACAAGAUAAAAACCUCAUGUGGAAUCAGCCUCGAGAUACAGCCGAUCGCAGCUACCUCCCUGUACUUGAAGCCGUGGUUUUGGAUUGCACAGCUGUCAAUCGAAUCGAUACAACAGGAUUACAAGCCCUUUGCAAUGCACGUGAGCUCCUUGAUCGCUAUGCUGGUCAUGCUGUUGAGUGGCAUUUUACAGGCCUUGUCUCCAAACAAGUGCGCAAUGAUUUGAUCUUGUAUGGCUUUGGUUCUUUGGCAAACGACGACUUGACGCUUUACGAUUCUUCAAGCGUUUCACGAUCCACAACUCUCAAGAAUGAUGACGAGGAAGCUGCUAUAGCUAUCGACAGCGAAAAAAUACAGCAAGUAAUGUCGACUACAGGUGAUGCGGACAAUGAGCCCACUAUCAUGCGAUACAAGCAACAUGAUCAAGAUGAGGAAAGCAAAGGAGGCGAUCAUGUUGACAUGGCUGAUAUUGUUCAUCCCUAUUACAUGGAAGACGAACACAAGUUUUCGCAAGUGAUUGUUGAUCCACAUCAAAAUUUGCCACGCGAUCGUAUGCCAUGCUUCCAUUGGGAUAUUGACUCGGCGGUUCGUUCUAUAUGCGAUCGGUGGUCUUCUCGUCCUCGCACACCCAUGAUGCAAAAUGUCACUACCACACCUUGA